CAUGCUGAGACGCCACGAUCCGGUGUGACUGCAGCUCUGCGGCUGGGACGGGGACCCUCCCCCCCCCCCCCCCCCCCCCCCCUCAACCGGGAGCUGGGGGACAACGGGGGGGACGGUGGCGGAGGAGCAGUGGCGGAGGAUGAUGCUGGUGGCUGGAGGAUGGAGGAGGCGGUGGUGAAGCAGGGCGUGCUUCACCUCCAGCUGCAGCAGACCUUCGGGAAGAAAUGGAGGAAGUUCUGGGGUGUCUUGUACCGGGAAAGCUCCUGCUCCACCGCCCGCCUGGAGCUUUUCGAGGGCUCGGCGCCGCCGGCCGCCGAGAAGCUGCGGAAAGGCGAAGGCAGCAAGCGGCUGGUCAAGCUGAGCGACUGCGUGCACGUAGCGGAGGCGAGUGGCGAUGCCGGCUGCCCCAAGGACACCGUCCCCUUCCUGCUGGAGACCACCGACAAGCGGUACCUCCUGGCCGCUGACGGCACCGAGGUGGCCGACUGGAUCCAGAAGCUGUGUGAGCUGGCCUUCCCGAGGAGGAGGGAGGAGCAGGCUGCAGGCAAGGAUGGCCGGCAGAACUCACUGGGCACUGACGGUGAGUUCUCCAUGGAGGAAAACUCCCUCUACAGCUCCCGGGACAAAGCCGGCUUGGAGCAGACGUUCGAGGUGACGGUGAGGGCCACCGAGUCCUCCGAGCGCUGCCGGCUCUGGGGCCGGUGCAUCCUGCGAGCUGGAGAGGAGGCGCUGGAGCUGCGGGAUUUCCAGUCCUUGGAGAUCCUCUACAGCUGGCCUUACCGCUUCCUGCGGCGCUUCGGGCGUGACAAGGUGACCUUCUCCUUUGAGGCUGGCCGGCGCUGCGCAUCCGGAGAAGGCAACUUUGAGUUUGAGACCAGGCAAGGCAACGAGAUCUUCCAGGUGAUCGAGUCGGCCAUCACCUGCAUCGUGGCCGUGGGGGCCGAGGAGCCGCGACGAGGUGGCCCCGGGGACGAUGUCUCCCGGCCACUCGGCCAUGCCAAGAUGCCCAGCUGGGCGCAGGGGCAGGAGGAGCCCGGUGGCACCAAGGGCCCCUCGCUGGAGCCCACCUGGGAGGGGAAGGUGCCGAAAGCUAAGCUGGUGAUGCCCCCCAGCAGCAGCCCCGGCACUGGGGAGCCGUUGGGUGCCUUCCUGCCCUCCCACGGUGCCGAAUGCCCCUAUACCGAGCCCUGCAACUCCCUUCGCUGGGGGAACCCCCCCGUGACGGAGAAGGGCCGGAGGCAGAAUGCUCCGGCCAAAGCGGCCACCGACUCCGAGUACGCCAUCCCCUUCGACACCAUCGCCAAGACCUUCGUGGCUCGCAAGUUCAGCAACCUGGCCCAUUGCCCCAAGGAGGUCCCCGACCCCUUCUACGACAGCAUCAAGGAGGUAGGGGGGCAAGUGGGCAAGCAGUCCCCGCCGCCCCCUGCCGCCACCAAGCCCGACCACAUCUACGACGAGCCCGAGGGUCUGUCCACCCACACUGUCUACGACGAGCCCGAGGAGGUGAAGGGGGAGGCGUGGAGGCUGCAGGCGGCCCCGGAGGACCCCUCCGGGCACGAGUACCCCUACAACCCGCAGCGGGAUGACUAUGCGGUCCCCAAGAGACCCGUCCCUCUCCGGCAGCCCUUCCUGCUGCAGGGCAAGGAGUGGCUGGGGGACACCGAGUAUGACAAUGUGGCCCUCAAGUUCGCAAAGAGGAGGAACCUGCAGUGAGCACGAUGGGGAAGGAGAGGAGGAGAGGACCUCCCCCCCCCCCCCCCCCCCCCCAACCUUCCCAUCCCGCAGCUCCCCGCUACUCCCCAGCCCGGCAGAGCUGAGACCCCCCGCAGCUCAGCGCACCCAUGGCUGAGCAUCCCCCACCCCUCUCCCCUUCCCGGAGCGGCGGGGCACAUCUGGCCAGCUUUGUGGAGCACAUCUGGCCAGCUGCGAGACCGACAGCCGGGAUGUGCCCGCUGGAGGGCACUGUCCGCCCGCCGUACGGGCAGGGCAGGGGGACACCCCCACAAACACACACACCCCCACACCCCCCCGCAGCCUCUCCACUUGCACCCCGCGGCUUCGGGGCCAGCGCCGUGCACCCCGCUCCUCCGGACCGGACCCCAAACCCCCAGCCCCUCUCACCCAGGAGAAGCUCAGGACCCCCUGCUCUGCGUGCUGCGGCCCCCCCCCCCCCCGGCACACCCCCAGGGAUGCACAGCCCAUUGCACGAACACAGCUGGCUGAUGCACACCCCCAGGGAUGUGCACCCCCUACCAUGAAUACAGCCGGACGAUGCGCACCCCCAGGGACGCACAGCCCACCCCUCGCAGCACAGCUCAUGCAGCAAACACACCCCUCCUGCACCUCUCUUCACCCCCCCCCCCCCCCCCCAGCCCCUGCCCAGGCACCCGGGGGGCCGUGGCCGUGGCCGGGCACCGUGCCUGGCCGAAGGUCACACCACAUCCUCGCUCAGCAAGGACAGUGGCAUAAAUUUCUACAGUCUCAGCCACGUUUUUAUUUUUAAUUCUUUUUUUUUUUUUUUUUUUUAAUAAAACCACUCUCUAGCUCCUCUGAAUUAUAGAUGAAAUACUCAGCUUUAUUGUCAUGGUGAUUUUAGUGGCUGGAUCCUCUUCUCCCAGUACAGUGAGACCAGUACACGGCCUGGCACAGCCUGACUUGCUCUGGGUCAGCCCUCUCCUCCUCCUCCUCCUCCUCUUCCUCCUCCCGGCCACCUCCAGCCCUGCACAGCCCUUGUUAGGGGACAUCCAGCCCCUCAGCCGGGCAUGGUGAGAGGCACCGGCCCCAAUCCCCCAUCGGCUGAUGGUCCCCCAGCACAGACUGGUCUCCGUUGGUGCCCAUCACCCUGCCCAGGCCAUCCCCGGUGCACACCAGCUCCAUCACUGCGACGGAGGGACCCUGGGAGCCGCUGCUGGCCCCCCACCACCCCAGCAGGUCUUCCACCAAAGGCAAAGAAAAAGCAUGAAUUAUUUAUAAUCUCUUUCAAUCAAAUAAAUGCUUAGGUGCUUGAGUUAA